UUAAGAAGUAUGAUGGGAGGGACUGUGUUAUCACUUAAGUUGUUUUGAGAUAUGAGAAAGUAAAACCAAACCAGGAAUGAUCUCCGUAUGAUCGCUCAUAUCAUUGUAUUCACACACCUGAGAACAGUGUUAAAGCAUCUGUGUCCUUCAGAGAUGAAGUUCAUUUGUUGGACCCUCUUUAUUAUUAGUGGAGCUACAGAUUCAAGAUCAGCAGAGCAAUAUAAAGUAGUGGGACCUGCAGAUCCGAUAUUUGCUGUAGCUGGUGAAGAUAUGUUUCUGCCCUGUUCAGUCAAACCCAACAUCAGUGUUGUGGACAUGAGAGUGGAGUGGUUGAGACUUGAUCAGAAAGAUUCACUAGUGCAUCUCUAUGAGGAUCAUGAAGACAGAAACACAGAGCAGAUUCAGUCCUACAGAGGGAGAACAGAACUGAAUCAUCAAGAACUUCAGAAAGGAAAUGCAUCACUUAAACUCUCAGCAGUCCAAAUCUCUGAUGAAGGACGUUAUAAGUGUUUUAUUCAGUCCAAAUCCUGGAAUGAUGAUGCCACUGUUGAUGUCAGAGUUGAAACUGUAGGAAGUCCUCCAGUGAUCACUGUAGAUGGGUUUGAUCGUUCAGGAGGGCUUCAUCUACAGUGUGAAACUGAAGGUUGGUAUCCUGAACCUGAUCUUAAGUGGCUGGACAGUGAAGGAGUCAGUUUGAAUUCAGAAACUACAGAGACACAUAGAAACGCAGAAGAAUUCAGCCUGAAACACACCGUCAUUGUAUAUCACAGUGACAAGAUUCACUGCAGAGUCAAACUGAGACAUCACAUGCUGGAGACACUGAUUAUCAGCUCAAGUAACAUGUUUAAUCUUUGGAGGACAGCGGCCAUCCUGGUUUCAGUUGUAGUUGUGCUCAGUUGUUUUGCAGGAAUACUGAUAGCUGUGUUCGUUCAUAAAUACAGAGAUCACAAUGUACUACAGACUGAGAACAGGAGAAUAAAACAUGAACUUAAUGAACUUUUACAGAGUCAGAAGACACCAAAAGUGAUCACACAUUUAGAAACAGACAUGGUGAAUGUGACUCUGGAUGCUGAUUCAGCUCAUUCACGUCUCAUUGGGUCUGAAGAUGAGGAAGAAGUGAUGAAUGACAACACAGCAGCAUAAGAAGGCAAAGAUGGAGGCAAAAUGACAAAUUUGAUGAAAAUGAUCUUUAUGGUGACGAUGGAUGGAUGAUCCCAGAGUGUGUUUUACUAUGAAGUUCAGGUGAUGGAGUGGAUUUAGCAGUGCUCAGACAUCUGGCCAGUCUUUUAAUGAGAAACUUUAUCCAUUUGUUAGUUUAGAACCUGAUUAGUGUAAAAUCUCCACUGAACAUCUGUGAUGAUUAAUUAGAUCAGAAUUAGCAUCCUUAGAAAUAACUUGUUUGAAAAUAUGUAAAAUGAUUAAGUGUGAUAGUAAUAUAAAGCAUUUGAUGUACAACCCGAAUUCCAGAAAAGUUGGGACAUUUUUUUUUUUUAAAUUUGAAUAAAAUGAAAACUAAAAGACUUUCAAAUCACAUGAGCCAAUAUUUUAUUCACAAUAGAACAUAGAUAACAUAACAAAUGUUUAAACUGUGAAAUUUUACAAUUUUAUCCACUAAAUGAUCUCAUUUCAAAUUUGAUGCCUGCUACAGGUCUCAAAAAAGUUGGCACGGGGGCAAAUGGCUGAAAAAGCAAGAAAUUUUAAAAAGAUUCAGCUGGGAGAACAUCUAGCAACUAAUUAAGUUAAUUGAUACCAGGUCUGUAGCAUGAUUAGCUAUAAAAGGGAUGUCUUAGAGAGGCAGAGUCUCUCAGAAGUAAAGAUGGGCAGAGGCUCUCCAAUCUGUGAAAGAGUGCAUAAAAAGAUUGUGGAAAACAAUGUUCCUCAAUGUCAAAUUGCAAAGGCUUUGCAAAUCUCAUCAUCUACAGUGCAUAACAUCAUCAAAAGAUUCAGAGAAACUGGAGAAAUCUCUGUGUGUAAGGGACAAGGCUGAAGACCUUUAUUGGAUGCCCGUGGUCUUCAGGCCCUCAGACAACACUGCAUCACUCAUCGGCAUGAUUGUGUCAAUGACAUUAUUAAAUGGGCCCAGGAAUACUUCCAGAAACCACUGUCAGUAAACACAAUCCGCCGUGCCAUCUGCAGAUGCCAACUAAAGCUCUCUCAUGCAAAAAGGAAGCCAUAUGUAAACAUGGUCCAGAAGCGCCGUCGUGUCCUGUGGGCCAAGGCUCAUUUAAAACAAACUGUUUCAAAGUGGAAAAGUGUUCUAUGGUCAGAUGAGUCCAAAUUUGACAUUCCUGUUGGAAAUCUCGAACGCCAUGUCCUCCGGACUAAAGAGGAGGGAGAUCUUCCAGCGUGCAGCGUUCAGUUCAAAAGCCAGCAUCUCUGAUGGUAUGGGGGUGCAUAAGUGCAUACGGUAUGGGCAGCUUGCAUGUUUUGGAAGGCACAAUGAAUGCUGAAAGGUAUAUAAAGGUUUUAGAGCAACAUAUGUUCCCUUCCAGAUGACGUCUGUUUCAGGGAAGGCCUUGUGUAUUUUAGCAGGACAAUGCAAAACCACAUACUGCAGCUAUUACAACAGCAUGGCUUCGUCGUAGAAGAGUCCGGGUGCUGAAUUGGCCUCAUCUUUAACCUAUAGAGAACAUGUGGCACAUCAUUGAACGAAAAAUACAUCAAAGAUGACCACGAACUCUUCAGCAGCUGGAAACCUAUAUCAGGCAAGAAUGGGACCAAAUUCCAAAACCAAAACUCCAGAAACUCAUAACCUUGAUGCCCAGACAUCUUCAAACUGUUUUGAAAAGAAGAGGAGAUGCUACACCAUGGUAAACAUGCCCAUCAAAUUUGAAAUUAGUUCAUUUUGUGCAUAAAAUUUCUCAGUUUAAACAUUUGUUAUGUUAUCUAUGUUCUAUUGUGAAUAAAAUAUUGGCUCAUGUGAUUUGAAAGUCUUUUAGUUUUCAUUUUAUUCAAAUUUAAAAAAUGUCCCAACUUUUCUGGAAUUCGGGUUGUAUAAACUGAAAAUGUGUGAGCAAUAAUUUCUGUAUUAAUUGUUGUGGUUUCAUAUUUUUAAUUCAUCAAAAUGAAAUAAUGAAUUCUUUUCCAGCUUAUCCUGGCCAGGAACUCAAUUAGCUGAAAAGCCAUCUGACUGACAAUUUUUUAAGUUUGACUUCUGAAAUUGAUGAUAAUACAAAAAUAGGCUGCAGUGCAACAAGAUGUUCAUUUACAUAAUGGCACAGCCUUCACAAUCUUGUCACAGUUGACACAAUGUUAUUUAAUAAAUGAGUCCAAAUAUGUACAAUAUUGUAGGUGAUUUAAUUACAAACUAAAUUUGUGUAAUAAAUAUCUGUGAGGCAAUACUUAAUGCAAGUUUACGAUCUUAAGUAAGUUUACUUUGCGCAUGUAAAUGUUUUUGUAUUAUGCAUGUAUUAAAGAAUACCUAAA